UGAUAAACAGAAAAAUAACUGAAAACACAGCAUUUAAAUUAAGGUAAAACAUAUCCAUAAAUUCAUCAGUUUUUUUUUUUUUCCUGAACUGUUUAGCUCUUGAAACCCACAACUUUCACACACAUGUAGUUUCUCUUUAAAAAACAAUUUCAAAACAAUAAAUGUUAAACAAACAAAAAAGGGGAAAAAUAUUCCACGAAAGCACAAAAAGCACACUAUUAAGUGAUGAGUAAAACAGAUCAGAUUGAUUGGUUGUGAUUAGUGCAACAAAAGAUGAGCUGCUUUGGAACGAUGUGACCACUAGAUGGAGACAAAGUCCAAUACUCACUGUACCCAAGUCUUAAUUCAACUAGUAAAAAAGUGUUCAUUUGUAAAAUAUACAGUUUGAUAAAUAAAUAAAUAAAUAAAUAAAUAGUUAUUUGUCACUAUUUUUGUAACCACUGUAAUCCGUUCUUUUCUCAGACACAGUCACAAAUGUAUUAUUCAUAGCAUGUGUAUGUGUGUGUGUGUGUGGUAUUUGUGUUUGUUAUUCGUGUUAUUUGUCUGAAAUAAAUGAUUCAUCCAUUCACUCACGUCCUUCUUAUGAGCUUUACAUUAAUUUAUCAGAUCAGCUGUCAGUUCAUCAUUGUCGUGUUAAAGGCCAAAUGACUCACUGGUCUGCGUUACUGGUAAAAAAAAAAUAUCCCUACUGUAAAAGCUCUUCAUCUUCAUAGUGCUGUUAGAACUGUUGCUGAGAAGCUUUCAGUUAGAGUUUCAUGAUGACGAACCCAGUAUGGAUGACAGGACGGCCACAUUUUGGUCUGACAGAGCAAGUCUUGUGGAUAUUUCAUCUCAACAGGUUGCUCUCGUGUUGCGAUGGAAAGCUGCAGUUCUCAUCUGCAAUUUCGUCAAGCUAACACCUCACAAUGCUUCCCAUGAAGCGCGGAAAAUUGCGAUCCGCAGCGCCUGGCUGCACUGCGCCGCGUCCGGACAGUAAACAGCAAAACACGCAGCAAUCGUGUCACAACCGGAAGUUGAGAAAUCAUCUUUAGAAAUAAAUGUGGGUGGGUGGACAUGUCGACUUCUGAGUCGACUUCAAAUGUUUAUAAUUUCGAUGUUAAAAGUGAUAAGUUUGAGAAAAGAGAAGUCCAAAUUUCGAUAUAGACAGUAAUUAUUUUGGCUUUAAAGUUUGGAUUAUGUCUUGGAAUUUCACAAGUUAGGAGAGCCAGAGAACCCUUCUUAUCUUUUGAGUGUUUUAUUUUUGAAAUCCCGGCCGGAAGUUUGGAUUUCAAUCACUCUGAAUUGACAACAGGCGCACUUCAAUGCCAACUUUUGCAGCGCGCACAGGCGCACUGUUGUCUGCCAAACAAGGCUGCAUGGAACUGACAGGACUUCAUGCUGCAGUCAGGUCGAAGAAAACAGAUUUUCUCUUUCAUAACUAAUAUAUACACAUAUACAUUUAAUCUAGAGGAAUCUAGCGGCUACAUAAAGCGCGCCAGGGCGCCUGGUGACAUUUUCUGUGGAGAUCUCAUUCAGUUUCGAAGCGGGGCAAUCUUCGGAAUAAUGUGGGGAAUCCAGAGAAGUCGGUACGCGGACUGCAACGGCUCUGAAGCGAGUGAAGAGGCGGAGAUCGUGGUGAACAUCGGCGGAGUGAAACAGGUGUUGUAUGGCGACGUGUUGAAUCGGUUCCCGGAGACUCGACUGGCAGAGCUGGUGGACUGUUCUCUGAAGUCUCCCGAAGAGAUAUCCUCAUUGUGUGACGAUUAUGACCCAGACACCGGGGAAUUUUAUUUUGACAGGGACCCCGAGGCAUUCAAGUGUAUAGUGGAGCUGUAUUAUUACGGAGAGGUACACAUGAAAAGGGGCAUCUGCCCGAUUUGUUUCAUGAAGGAGAUGGACUUCUGGAAAAUCGGCGCAGAUUUUCUGGAUGAAUGCUGCAAAAGCCACCUUAAAGAGGUCCAGGAUGAACUUGCGGAGAUCGCAGAGAGAGUGAGAACUAUCUUGGUGGACAGAGAGGGAGACCCGUCGGCAGGAGGCUGCCAGCGCUUCCAGGCGUCGCUCUGGAGGCUGAUGGAGAAGCCGGAGUCCUCAGUGCCUGCGCACGUCAUUGCCAUACUUUCUUUCAUCUUCAUCCUCGUCUCCUCCGUGGUGAUGUGCGUCGGGACAAUCCCCGAGCUUCAGGUGGAGGACUCCGAAGGCAACCUCACUGAGCACCCGACUCUGGAGGUCAUCGAGACGGUGUGCAUCGGUUGGUUCACCAUCGAAUACCUCCUGCGUCUGAUCUCCUCUCCAAACAAGCUCAAAUUCGUCUUGUCCUUCAUGAACAUCAUCGACUUCAUGGCGAUCAUGCCCUUCUUCGUGGUGCUGAUUCUGACCUCCUUCGGCGCCGGAGUGAUGGAGCUGGCCAACGUGCAGCAGGCGGUGCAGGCUUUGCGCAUAAUGCGCAUUGCGCGCAUCUUCAAGCUGGCGCGCCAUUCGUCCGGUCUCCAGACGCUCACAUCUGCGCUGAAGAGCAGCCUGAAAGAGCUGGGUCUGCUCCUCAUGUACAUGGGGGUGGGGGUGUUCCUCUUCUCAGCGCUGGGCUACACCAUGGAGCAGAACCACCCGGACACGCUAUUUACCAGCAUCCCGCAGUCGUUCUGGUGGGCUGUGAUCACCAUGACCACUGUGGGCUACGGGGACGUGUACCCUAAGACCACUUUAGGCCGGUGUAACGCGGCCAUCAGCUUUCUGUGCGGGGUCAUCGCCAUAGCGCUGCCCAUACACCCCAUCAUUAACAACUUUGUGCUGUUUUACAACAAGCAACAGGUGCUGGAGACCGCAGCCAAGCAUGAGAUUGAACUGAUGGCGCUGCGCUCCACUGAAGGCGAACUGAGGGCUGCGCCCGAGCAUCAUGAACAUGUUUGCGGUACCCGGGUUUGGGACUCCUCCAUGAGCUCCUGUCACAGCGAUACGUUCCUACCUCUGCUGAAGGACACCAGCAGGGGAGGGCCGAGUAUGCAGACCCCGAGCAUGGAGACUAGCUUUGAGAGCACAGCAGAAGCCUCAGAAUAUUUCAUCUCAUGAAUUUGGAAAAAAAAAAAAAACUGUCUUAUCUGAUAAGAAAAAAAAAAAAUCUCCACAAGAUGAUCUAAUCACUAUUUUUUUGAAGUUCUAUAAAUGUAAGGGAGAUUGGUUAAGGAUUUGAAAACAUCCCCGCUCUCAACAUAAGAUUAAACAGAAAAAUGCAUUAGCUUUGGACUUGAUAAACUCACAGUGAACCCAGAUUUGCAUAUGGCCGCCAUUUGAACAGCCAUAUAGGCAUCUUACUUCAGCCAACAUUUAUGUAUGCUGCCUAAAUAGUUAGAAUAUUACCUGAUAAAGGGGGUCCCAGUAAGUAUGCAGGUCACAUUAGGCUCAACAACAACAUUAUUUGCAACUGAGGGGUUAUGGCCGUUUUUUCUGUCCUGGCAGCAAAAAUUUCCAUGUGGGACCACAGGUGUUGGGAAAAGUAAUAUUUACAAGGCCUUUUCAAAGUCAAUGUGUUUUUGCUGAGUCAUAUUAUUAUUACAUUUGUUUUCAUGUUGGAAAUAUGAAAGUAAACAUUUACACAUUGGACUCAUUAUGCAUAUGCAUAAGGCUGUAGGAAAUGGGCUGAAAUUAUUCCCCACAUGUGUUUUGCCGCAGCUUGAAUAAUUGCCCCAUGUUAUUUGCCUGUACUUUGCCUAUUGCAGGGAAUCCAUGUUUCCUGAAAGGUUUUCCCUAUGCCGGCAUCUCAUGCCAGCUGCCAUUUACAUAUGUGGCCCAAAAGGGUUGGAAAUAUUGAAGCUUUUGCUCAGUUGCAGUUGAUUCACUGUGAAAAGAAAAUGUAACUUUGCCUUUUUCAGUAAGUCCCUAUUUAAAGAAGGUUUUUCUUUGAAAAGCCGCUGCAUCUUAUCAAAGUUAACAUUUACACAUAAUGCCAGUAAGCUAUGGGGUUUAAAAUGGGCCUCAGCUGUGCUAAAUGCCCCCAUGUUAUUUGCCUAUAUGCCAGUCCUUUGAUAGAUAGCAGUGGGUUUAUGUUUGUUUAGCUGUUCUGUUCCAGCAGUCAGUUUUUCUCUCUUAGUCAUGUCAUGAGUGAGUGCCAAUAUUUAAGAAAUGGGGGCCAUUUUGAUAGGGCAAGGGUUGAAAAUAGGCCCUACAUGGGAAUGUAUGCAGGUUAUACGUUGUAUGUUUGCUCUUAUUUGAUGUAACUCAAAUCCGAGUACAAAGAUUACCCAUAUUUAUCCACUUCAUCUAUUUUGAAUGUAUGAGACCCCACAAGGACAUUUUUAGGAUCUCCUUCUGGUUUUGCUGAAAUGAGGUUCAUCUAGUAAACCCAAAUUGGACCCAUACAUGAAGCACAUUGUGAGCUCACACCCACCUACUACAGUAGCCAUCAAGUCUGAGCAAAAUCCACAAACACAUACUGGCUGUGAUUUAACACUCCCAUACAACUAAAUUUCACUUAUACUGUAGAUUGGUUUGUAGCUUUUUUUUUUUUUUUUUUCCCAUGUGAGGCAGCUUGUUCAGGAGAAAAUAAAAAAAAAAGUCAAAUACAUCAUGAUAACUGUAUAAGCAUAACAAAAAAGAAAAAUCUGAUUGUACUGUGAGCUUGUGAUUUAAUUAUGUACAUUUCACUGGAGUUGCUGGAAGCAUGGAUUUGGAGAUGCAAGCCCUCAAGGACUCUUAUAUGUUGUUUAUCACC